UUUAAUAAGAUCCUCAACCCCCCAAUAGAAUCUCUAUCCUCUUCUCUUCUCUCUGCAACUUCACAAAUCAUAACUCUCCAUUAAUCUCCAAUCCGAUCACUUUCUCUCUCCACACUUCACCCUUUACAUAUUUCCUUCCCUCUCCCUCUCCUUCUCUCUCUCCCUCUCCCUCUCCCUCCGUCUCUGUGACUAUAUAUACAUGCACCCUAUGCGCUACAAGAUCCCACGCUCUCUGUAACCCUGUCUGAUUACAGAAACUGUUUCUUGGAGGAGGAUUACAGAGAUCUUCCGGUGGUGAUACUUAUAUAUGAUAUAAAUAUUACAUACCCUUGUCGUUUCUCUGCUUCUUUUCAGCUUUCUGUCCUCUGCAAUGGAAGCGAACUCCGUGGUGGAGGUGAGAGAAAGGCGGCGGCCACUGAGUCGACUCAACUCCUUCAUGGCGAGGAGUCGAGUUGGCAAGUGGUUUAAACUCACCGAGCGGAACUCCACGUUCACCACCGAGUUAAGAGCCGGCACGGCCACGUUUCUAACCAUGGCUUACAUCUUAGCCGUCAACGCUUCCAUCCUCGCCGACUCGGGCGGCACCUGCUCUGUUUCUGACUGUCUUCCCCUCUGCUCCGACCCGGCCGUCCCAAUCUCUGCCUGUAACGGUUCCAAUCUCCGGAUCAUCCAACCGGACGAAUCCUGCAAAUUUGACCCGGUAAACCCGGGUUACGCCGCCUGUGUAGAGAGUAUACGGAAAGAUCUGAUAGUCGCCACCGUGGCUUCUUCCCUCAUUGGAUGUGUAAUCAUGGGCGCUUUCGCGAAUCUGCCAUUGGCUCUGGCUCCCGGUAUGGGCACCAAUGCGUAUUUUGCUUACACGGUUGUCGGGUUUCACGGGUCGGGUAAUGUCUCGUACCAGAGCGCUCUGGCUGCAGUUUUCAUCGAAGGCUGGAUUUUCUUAUUCAUUUCCGCAAUUGGGUUUCGCGCGAAACUCGCAAAAUUGGUGCCGAAACCAGUACGAAUAAGUUCUUCUGCAGGAAUCGGGCUUUUCCUGGCAUUUAUCGGGUUACAAAACAACCAGGGAAUCGGGUUAAUCGGUUUCAGUCCGUCAACUCUGGUUACUCUCGGAGCCUGCCCGAUCUCUUCCCGGGCGUCCGUAGCUCCUGUAGUGACGGGGGUUAACGGUACCGUCAGCCUGAUGCCGGGCGGCUCCAUCUCCGGGGAUAUUUUAUGUGUCGGGAACAGAAUGGAAAGUCCGACAUUUUGGAUGGGCGUCGUAGGUUUCGUGAUCAUCUCGUACUGUUUGGCGAAAAACAUAAAAGGCGCGAUGAUAUACGGUAUAAUAUUUGUAACGGCGGUUUCGUGGUUCCGUGACACAAAGGUAACGACGUUUCCGAGAACAAUCGCCGGUAAUGCAUCUCACGAGUAUUUUAAAAAGGUAGCGGACGUUCACGCGAUUAAAAACACUGCCGGCGCGCUGAGCUUCAAAGGGAUAAACAAAGGUCAUUUUUGGGAAGCACUAAUCACUUUCCUCUAUGUUGACAUCCUCGACACCACCGGUACUUUGUACUCCAUGGCCCGAUUUGCUGGAUUUGUGGACGAGACUGGUAAUUUCGAAGGUCAAUAUUUUGCGUUCAUAUCUGAUGCUACUUCAAUUAUUAUUGGAUCAUUGCUCGGGACAUCUCCAGUGACGACAUUCAUUGAAUCAUCAACAGGAAUUCGCGAGGGCGGUCGAACAGGACUAACCGCAUUAACCGUCGCUGGAUAUUUUUUUUUGGCAUUUUUCUUUACUCCACUGUUAUCGUCCAUACCAUCAUGGGCAGUGGGACCGCCGUUGAUUCUAGUAGGAGUGCUGAUGAUGAGAUCAAUGGCGGAGAUCGAAUGGGAAGAUAUGAGGGAGGCGAUACCGGGAUUUGUGACGAUGAUAUUGAUGCCGUUGACGUAUUCGAUAGCAUACGGGCUGAUCGGCGGAAUCGGGACGUACGUAGUGCUGCACAUAUGGGAUUGGGGGGAGGAGGUGGCGGGUAGGUUUUGUGUUGUAAAGAGGAAAGGGGAUGGAGCAGUGAAUGGUGAUGUUAAAGCUACUGAUCAGCUUGAUGUUUAGUUUAGGGUGGGUCACGGUGACGUACUAACGCUUCCUUCUUCAAUUUUGUUCUCAU